AUGAUGGCGCAGCAGAGGUAUCACAAGGCUGCUGAGCGACAAUUGCGGAUCAAAGACGAUGCGUACAAGCUGACACGAUGGAAGCAGCCGGGGCGCUUGAUUACGGACAAGUCGGCGAGGUUCCCGGGCUUCCGUCAGGGCAAGACAAGUUUCAGCGCCGGCACUCAGGCUAAGCCAGGCCAUGCAGCUCUUCAGUCGUCCAUUGUUCUCCAUGAGAGUGUGGCCAUGAAGCUAUCGGACGGAACAACGCUGUACACAGAUAUUUUCCUCCCUGAUGAGUUCCAAGAUCUAGAGACUUCAGCGGCGGGUCGCGUCCCUGCAUUGGUUGCCUGGAGCCCUUACGGGAAGCAGAUGGGAGUGACCAUGCUGGAUGACCUGCCGAUGCGCGCCGGAGUGCCGCGGGAAUGGGUUUCGGGCUUGCAAAAGUGGGAGGGCCCUGACCCUGGGUUCUGGUGCCAGCAUGGUUACGCGGUCAUCAACCCAGACAGCCGCGGGGCCUACACGUCCGAGGGCGACCUCCAGUACUUUGGUCACCAGGAGGCGCAGGACGGUGCCGAGUUCAUCACCUGGGUCUCGAAGCAGCCCUGGUGUAAUGGAAAGGUAGCUUUGACCGGCAACAGCUGGCUGGCCAUCGCGCAGUGGAAGAUAGGUAGUCUGCGGCCUGAGGGGCUGGCGGCUCUCGCGCCGUGGGAGGGCUUCAGCGACUUCUACCGCCAUAACAUAUGCGAGGGCGGAAUCCCCUUCACCAGCUUCCACGACACAGUAGCAGAUACCCUCGUCAGCCAGGGCCGCCUCGAAGACGCGAGUGCUGUCGCGGUCGCAUCCAACACGUGGAACGACUACUGGGAGGAUAAGGCUGGCCACCCUGAGUGGAUCACUGCUCCAAUCUACGUCGUGGGCUCAUGGACCAACCCAGUGCACACUCUCGGGACCUUCAAAUCGUGGGCUGCGUUGCCCGAGUCAACGCCUAAGUGGCUCAGGGUUCACAACAAGCAGGAAUGGUCCGACUACUACGGCGACGACGUCCGAAAAGAUCUGAAGCGGUUUUUCGACUUCUAUCUGCACGGUAAGACUGGGAAUGGCUGGAAUCUGACACCUACCGUGCGCUUGACUGUCCUCAACCUGGGUCUGGGCAGCGCCGGCGAUACAAUCAAUCGUGCUGAGAAGGAGUUCCCGCUUGCCCGCACGCAGUAUGUUCGUCACUACCUGACAGGCGAUGGGGACCUUUCUUUGAACGUACCCACCGAGACGACAAGCGUGUCGUACCGCUCCGAGGAUGGCAAGGUCGCCUUCCGCUACAAAAUCCCCAGGAGCUGCGAGACGACGGGCUACUUCAUGGCCCAUCUAGUCAUGUCCUCCGAGUCGCCCGAGAUGGACGUUUUUGUGCAGGUGGAAAGACUGACGGCCAAGGGUCAAAGGCAGGGAACCAUGGUCAUCAAACCGCAGAGCAUCGUGAUGCAAGGCGUCAUCAAGUUCCUGCACGAUCGGCAGUUGGCCGUGGAAAAGGUCGGCCUGCUGCUCCAUUGGGGCCCAUCUGGCCAGCUGAGAGCAGGGCAUGCCGCAAGCUACGAUGCCAGCAGGAGUCUGCCAGCCCAGCCCUUCUACACUCACCAGAGUAAAGCGCCUUUGGAGAAGGGCAAGCCCGUCUCGCUGGAUAUCCAGUUGAGGCCGUACGGCAUGUACUGGCAGCAAGAUGACAUUCUACAGCUGACUGUAGCUGGGAAGGCCAUUCUACCAUUCCCUCUUCCUGGCCUCAAGAUGCAUCACACUCAGAAUGCUGGGGCACACAGCAUCCAGUGUGGUGGCAAUGGCGAGGACAGCUCGUACCUCUUGCUCCCGAUUGUAUAG